GGGACGCGGCCGUGUGGGGGCUGUGGCGCGGCAGCCGCAGCGAUGCCGGGCCAGAAAUCCUUCCGGCGGCGCAGGGAGGACGAGGACGAGGAGGAGGAGGACGAGCAGCUCGCCGAGGAGGUCAGGUUAAAACUUGAGGAAGCCAAAGAAGUUCAGAGCCUCAGAAAGCGGCCCAAUGGGGUGAGUGCUGUGGCUCUGCUGGUGGGAGAGAAGCUGCAAGAAGAAGCCACACUCGUGGAUGACCCAUUUAAGAUAAAAUCUGGGGGAAUGGUGGACAUGAAGAAGCUGAAAGAAAGAGGCAAGGACAGGAUUAAUGAAGAGGAAGAUCUGAACUUGGGAACUUCCUUCUCAGCAGAAACCAACAGGCGGGAUGAAGAUGCUGACAUGAUGAAGUACAUUGAGACUGAGCUGAAGAAGAGAAAGGGGAUUGUGGAGAACGAGGAGCAGAAGGUGAAGCUGAAGAAUGCUGAGGACUCCCUGUAUGAGCUGCCAGAGAACAUCCGUGUCUCCUCUGCCAAGAAGACUGAGGAGAUGUUGUCCAACCAGAUGCUGAGUGGCAUUCCUGAAGUGGACCUGGGGAUUGAUGCAAAAAUAAAAAAUAUCAUCUCAACUGAAGAGGCCAAGGCCAAGCUCCUGGCAGAGCAGCAGAACAAAAAGAAAGACAGCGAAACUUCCUUUGUUCCCACCAACAUGGCUGUUAAUUAUGUCCAGCACAACAGAUUUUAUCAUGAGGAGCUGAAUGCUCCAGUGCGAAGGAACAAGGAGGAACCAAAGCCGCGCCCGCUGAGGGUGGGGGACACGGAGAGGCCGGAGCCUGAGAGGUCUCCUCCAAAUCGCAAACGUCCCCUCAAUGAAAAAGCCACGGAUGAUUAUCACUAUGAGAAGUUCAAGAAGAUGAACAGGCGAUACUGAUGAAUGUGAAGCCUCUGGAGCUGUUCCUAUUUUCCACCAAUAAAGGAUUUUGUGUCAGGGACCUGCGAUGGAUGUUGGGAAGAGUCACUACCUUCAGAUGCUGAUGAAGCUCUUCCUGUGUGAUCUUGUAGUGAAUCAGUUUGCAGGUGAUUGUGAACUCUUUGGUUGGUGUAACUUUGUAUAUAAGUAUGUUCUUAUAAAUGAAGUUUUUUUAAUGGAAAAUGAGCUUUUGUGGUUGGCAAUUUUUAGUGAGGAAACAAAGUGGCUUUUAUAGAUGUUUCUUUUCACCAUCUUAAUACUAAAACAAAGAGAACCUUUAAAAGCAGCAAUGUUGUUUGCUUUGUAAAUGUGAAGCUCUUGGGAGCUUGUCUUCUUGUCCACAUGACUUCCCUGAAGUGCAGUGUGGGUACUUGUAGUGAAGAUUUGUAACUUGAAAAUAGUAAAGGUGUUUUUUAAGUUA